CGACGUGUAAUCGGUCGCCAGACUAUGGUGCGACAGGAGGAGAGAGACUGCCGAGGCGUUUGACAGAAAACCACUCCAGUAUAAAUCUUGUAACUCCUAAACCGUCCUAUUUCUGGACACGGACGACCCUUUGCUUCAAGAAGGCGUUAUCACUGACAAGGUACUGUCCUCAGCGCUGCGAUGUCUGCAAAAGCCAUAUCGGAACAGACGGGGAAAGAGUUUCUAUACAAGCACAUCAACACCUCGGCAGCUGUGCAGAACCGCUUUCGCUAUGCGACUGUAACUGCUGAGACAGACUGGGACCGCCUCACUCAGGAGCACCAAUGGCUGCUGACCCAACGGCUGGUGGUGAAGCCAGAUCAGCUGAUCAAGCGGCGUGGGAAGCUCGGCCUUGUUGGCAUCAACCUGGACCUGCAGGGGGUCAAAGACUGGGUCAAAUCUCACCUUAUGAAAGACACCACUGUGGGAAGGGCUAAAGGUGUCCUGAAGAACUUUCUCAUUGAGCCUUUUGUGCCACAUAAACAGGAGGAGGAGUUUUACGUGUGCAUUUACGCCGUGCGCGAGGGCGACAUCGUGCUUUUCCACCAUGAGGGAGGAGUGGAAGUGGGUGACGUGGACGCCAAGGCGCAGAAGCUAACGGUUGCAGUGAAUGAGAAGAUCAGUGAGGAGCAGGUCAAAGAGCAGCUCCUCUCCUAUGUUCCUGAAGACAAGAAGGGAGUGUUGGCCAGUUUUAUUGUUGGACUCUUCAAUUUGUAUGAAGACCUUUACUUCACCUACCUGGAGAUCAACCCGCUCGUCGUCACUACGGAUGGAGUGUACGUCCUCGACAUGGCAGCAAAAAUAGAUGCCACCGCAGAUUUCAUUUGCAAGUCCAAGUGGGGUGAUGUGGAGUUUCCCCCUCCGUUUGGCAGAGAGGCAUACCCGGAGGAAGCCUACAUAGCAGAUCUGGAUGCAAAGAGCGGUGCCAGUCUGAAGCUCACCCUGCUGAAUCCACAAGGCCGGAUCUGGACCAUGGUGGCCGGAGGAGGAGCAUCAGUGGUUUACAGUGACACCAUCUGCGAUCUGGGUGGGGUGGAUGAGCUGGCCAAUUAUGGAGAGUACUCCGGAGCACCCAGUGAACAGCAGACCUAUGACUACGCAAAAACCAUCCUCUCUCUCAUGACUCGGGAGAAACACCCUCAAGGGAAAGUGUUGAUCAUUGGAGGGAGUAUUGCAAACUUCACAAACGUUGCAGCCACAUUUAAGGGCAUUGUCAGGGCCAUUAAAGAUAAUCAGGAGCCUCUGAAAGAGCAUGAGGUGAAAAUAUUUGUUCGACGUGGUGGACCCAACUACCAGGAGGGCCUAAGAGUGAUGGGGGAAGUGGGGAAGACGACGGGCAUUCCAAUCCAUGUGUUUGGAACAGAGACCCACAUGACCGCCAUCGUUGGGAUGGCUAUGGGACAUAGGCCCAUCCCGAACUUGCCUCCUAUGGCUGCUCACACCGCCAACUUCCUGCUCAAUGCUAGCAACAACACUGUGACUCCGGCUAACACAAGAACUGCUUCCUUCUCCGAGCCCAAGACGCCCAACGAUGUGAGCCCUGCAAAAAAGUCCAAAGCAGGUCUUCCAGCAGACCAUCUUCAUUCUAUCCUGUGGCCUCUGAAGAAUGUGGUCACAGGAGAUUGGAAAGAAGCCCAAGCCUCUUCUAGCUGCAGCGGAGGUAUGGAAGCCAAGGCAACCACACUGUUCAGCAAGCACACCAAGGCCAUCGUCUGGGGCAUGCAGACCCGCGCCGUGCAGGGCAUGCUGGAUUUUGACUACGUCUGCUCUCGGGAGGAACCCUCUGUGGCUGCUAUGGUGUACCCUUUCACUGGAGAUCACAAGCAGAAGUUCUAUUGGGGUCACAAAGAGAUCCUCCUGCCAGUCUACAAAAACAUGGCGGAUGCCAUGAAGAAGCACCCACAGGUGGACGUCAUGAUCAGCUUUGCUUCGCUGCGCUCGGCCUUCGACAGCACAGUGGAGGCUAUGCAGUAUCCACAGAUCCACACCAUUGCUAUCAUAGCUGAGGGCAUUCCCGAGGCUCAUACCAGGAAGAUGAUCAAGAUGGCCGACGAGAAAGGAGUAACUAUCAUCGGUCCUGCCACGGUUGGUGGCAUCAAGCCGGGCUGUUUUAAGAUCGGAAACACGGGUGGGAUGCUGGACAACAUUUUGGCGUCUAAACUGUACCGACCCGGAAGCGUGGCUUACGUGUCGCGAUCUGGAGGCAUGUCCAACGAGCUGAACAACAUCAUCUCACGCACUACAGACGGCGUCUACGAAGGUGUGGCCAUUGGAGGUGACAGAUAUCCAGGCUCCACCUUUAUGGACCAUGUGCUGCGAUACCAGGACACCCCAGGGAUUAAGAUGAUUGUGGUGCUGGGAGAGAUUGGAGGGACUGAUGAAUACAAAAUCUGCCAAGGCAUCAAAGAGGGCCGGAUUACCAAGCCUGUGGUGUGCUGGUGUAUUGGAACCUGCGCCACCAUGUUUGCUUCAGAGGUUCAGUUCGGUCAUGCAGGAGCUUGUGCCAACCAGGCGUCCGAAACUGCAAUGGCCAAGAACCAGGCUCUGAGGGACGCCGGUGCUUACGUGCCCAAGAGCUUCGAUGAGCUGGGAGAUCUCAUCAGAACCGUUUAUGAUGAACUGGUGGCCAACGGUACCAUCGUUCCAGCCCAGGAGGUUCCUCCACCUACAGUACCCAUGGAUUAUUCCUGGGCUAGGGAGUUGGGUCUGAUUCGUAAACCCGCUUCAUUCAUGACGAGCAUCUGUGAUGAGCGAGGACAGGAGCUCAUAUACGCUGGCAUGGCCAUCACUGAGGUCUUCAAAGAGGAGAUGGGUAUAGGAGGAGUUCUGGGCUUGCUGUGGUUCCAGCGAAGGUUACCACGCUAUGCCUGCCAAUUCAUCGAGAUGUGUCUGAUGGUGACGGCUGACCACGGGCCUGCCGUCUCUGGCGCUCACAACACCAUCGUCUGUGCUCGCGCUGGCAAAGACCUGAUCUCCAGCCUCACCUCCGGGCUGCUCACCAUUGGAGACCGCUUUGGAGGUGCUCUGGAUGCUGCUGCAAAGCAGUUCAGCAAAGCGUUUGACAGCGGCAUGCUGCCCAUGGACUUCGUCAACAAGAUGAAGAAGGAUGGGAAGCUGAUCAUGGGCAUUGGACACCGAGUCAAAUCAAUCAACAAUCCAGACAUGCGGGUGCAGAUCCUGAAGGACUUUGUGAAGCAGCAUUUCCCCUCCACACAGCUGUUGGACUACGCCCUUGAUGUGGAGAAGAUCACCACCUCCAAGAAACCAAACCUGAUCCUAAAUGUAGACGGUUUUAUUGGCGUUUCCUUUGUGGACCUGCUUCGAACAUGCGGAGGCUUCACACGAGACGAGGCUGACGAGUUUGUGGAAAUUGGCGCUCUGAAUGGGAUCUUUGUCCUUGGUCGUAGCAUGGGCUUCAUUGGACAUUACCUGGACCAGAAAAGGCUGAAGCAGGGUCUCUACCGCCACCCAUGGGACGACAUCUCUUAUGUGCUUCCUGAACACAUGUCCAUGUAAAGUCUAGCAUGGCAGAACGGUGGCAGCAUCGCCUGAACUGGACAUGGUUAACUGAGGCACACGGUUGGAGGCGAACCGAAGGAUAGUUUUCUGUCUAAAGUUACAGAGGAAAAAAGGGGAAGUCGAUUUUUUUUAGGUGUAGUUUAAACGCGAACUGUUGAAAAACAUAGAAAUAUAACUUAUUUAGUGUUGAGUAAAGAGCCAAACCAAUGCGGGAACUGCAGCAUCGUGACGUAAGUUUGCCCAGAUACCUUUAUGUGUUUGAAUGACAGCGGGAUUCAAAAGCAUAUCCAUCCUGUAACUGUCGGUAAAAAUAAAAGAAGAAGCUCUUAUUGUGAAAUCUAGGCUCCACAGCAGUAGACUUUUGUAUUACCUGCUGCUGAAUAUUAACAAUGACUUACUAUGAGCAACAUUUGUUUGUUGUCACAUGAAACUUCUUGACGUUUCUGGCUUUUUGUGCUAAUCUUUAAGCAUGUUUAGAUCUAUGUUUGAAGUUUUUUUUGUUUUUUUUAAGUCUUUUAGAUUUUAUUUGGAAAUUUCUGACUUAAAGAAAUGGUCUUCAGAGGGAUUUAAACAUUUUCCAAGUGGAUUUUCAGAAAUUUUACUUUAUAAAAAAAUGUAUAAUAAUAAACUAUGUCUUUGUGUCAUGAUUCUGGUUACACAAAACAGUUAAUUCCAUUGGAGGAGUCCUUUUGCUCAAAGUCAUGCAAAAUCAUUUGUGUACUCUUUCUGGUUUUAUUUUGUGAGGAAACAGAAGGAAAUGCUUAAUGAAUGAGUUCUGUGAAUCUUCUGUUGAGGGACCAUGCAAGCAGUUUUGCUGUCCUCGUGGUUGUGUGUGUGUGGGGGUGGGGGUGGUAUUGCACAAUAAACAGACCAGGACAGUUGCAUGACGAAUUUUACCAGCUUUAACAUAAAUCAUCACCACCAUAACAGUUUGCACCUGCUCAUGUAACGCCUGCUGUUUGAUCUUUGUUUCGCUGUUUUUAUUUAAUUGUGAAAAAAUGCUUUGUUUUUGUAAACGGCACAAAAAUAAAGAUUAUUUUACUUUUCA